AAAAAAGUGUUGUCAGUGGCGGGUGAAGGGCAGAGGGAUUGGAGGGCAGCUGACAUUUCCUGUAUGUGGAAGGUGUUAAUCCCUGAAGAGGGGGUGAAGGUAUCUUCACCUGUUACUCAGCCUCUCAUUGUGCUGCCGUUUCCACCUAGCUGCAGAUAAUCGACCGUGAAAAGGUUAAUUUCAUCUUGCUGACGAGAUGGUUCGAAACACAGAGGCAAAGUGGGGUAUAAAAAGGCUGUUGCGAGAGAGCAGGGGCCAGUGAAGGAGACAAGCGGCUCGAGGAGUCUCUACAACCAGGACAGCGAAUAUCUGUGGCUUCAACAUUUACUGGACCCGACUGCUGCUGCUGCUGCUACUGCCUGAACAUGGUGCGGAGGGAGAUGCUGCUUGCUCUGCUCUCACUAUGGGCUGCAACCUCUGGCCAGCUGCAGGAUUGCUUGCAACGUAGCAAGUGCCUUGAACUGCCAGCGCCAGGACUGAUGGAAUGUCUUGAAAGCUGCAAAGCAGAGACUGUGGAAUCCCCGAUCUAUCCCGGCAACAGCUACCUGCAGCCGAUUGAGGAGAACAUCAGGAAUUAUGUCAUGGGUCACUUCCGCUGGAACAAGUUUGGGAAGAAAAGGGGCAACAGCACAGGAAUAUUGGACAUCAAGCGAGAGGGUGGAAGGGUCAGGGCUAUGAUGGUGCAACUCCCAGCCACAGAACCCGAGGGUCCUGAGCUGCAAAGUGAGGAUAUGGGCACGCAGUUUCCUAGGCUGAAUGAUAAGAGGUCCUACUCGAUGGAACACUUCCGCUGGGGGAAGCCAAUGGGCAGGAAGAGGAGGCCCGUCAAAGUCUACCCAAGUAACUAUGAUAAUGAGUCAGUUGAGAACAUGGGACCAGAACUGAAGCGUGAGGAGUCGGUGGACUUUGACUACCCGGCAGCGAUGUCCUACUUGGGGGAUGUGGAGAUGCAGGGGGAUGCCACGAAGAAAGAUGGGAAGAUUUACAAGAUGACCCAUUUCAGGUGGGGCAGGGGUUCCAAGGGUGGCGGGCAGGGCGGGGGGCCUGAACUUUUGCACCCCCAACCUCUGCUGUUCGGAAACCCGGAAAACAUGGUCCAGGAAAGCAUAGAGAGUGGCCUGCCCGAGGAAGAGGUGAAGAAAGACGGGGAGAAUUACAAGUUUGGACACUUCAGGUGGAGUGCCCCACUCAAAGACAAGCGCUACGGAGGCUUCAUGAAGUCCUGGGGCGAGAAGGGUCAGAAGCCUCUGCUGACUCUCUUCAGAAACGUCAUCAUCAAGGAUGGUCACGACGCCAAAGCUCAGAGCCAAUAGAAGGGUAAAGCUAAAUAGGAAAGCUAGAUGUAAGAGCUAGGAGCUGCCGACAAUCUAUUAGAGCAAUCAUUAAGAAGUUAGAACCUGUCUGUGGCAGUUUCCCUGGAUCAAUCAAUAAAAGAGAUAGUGUUGUACCCGGGCUUUAAGUGCUCGCUGGUCCAGGCCAUGGCUCUACAGAGAUAUUUUCCUGCCUCCUGAGCUGUACAUUAUGUAAAUGGAUCUGAGAAAUAAACUUUUUUUUCGCAAAUGGU